AUGGAGGUCCAGAUCCCUUCCCCGUCCGUUUUCUUAGAGAAAUCUCCCGUCAUUUCGCCCGGGUCAGCGGUUCCAGCGAAACGACAUACCGUCGCAAAACCAAAGGGAAAUGCUUCCUCAAAAGUUCUUAGCAGACCCGGCCUGGCCGUUCAGGAUGGCGCGGUCACCAAGCCAAAACAGAGCAAGAGUCGAAAUGGUUGCAUGACAUGCAAGAAGAAACGAUUAAAAUGUGACGAGACAAAGCCUUCCUGCGUCCAAUGCCAGAAGAGAAGUGUCGUGUGCGAGGGAUAUAAGAAGGACUAUAAGUGGAGGACGUUCGAGGAAACCACUUUUACGUCCAAACCGAGCGCGAAAAGGAAACCAUUUCGAUCCAAUUCCUUCUCCCUCAACCACAACAAUAUCUCUCAACCGCUCGAUAUUACUGCUGGUGGACGGCCUGUUCAUCAGGAUGCCGUCGUCGAAGAUUCCCAGGCAUCAAAAACAUGGUCGCCAGGACUUCAUUCGGCAUUUGCCACAGCUGCCCACGCCUUUCAACGCCAAAGUCAUGGUCAAAGCCAUAGUCAGAGCUCGUCACUGAGUCCGGAUCAGCAAGGAGACCUCAAGUCAGAGAAAACAUCAUCAUCACCACCUCUCCAUCUGACACCGGAUUCCAUAUUCAUGCCACCAUUUAAUGCAGAAGGCAUCUCUCCUAGCCUGUCAUUUGGCGAUAACAUCGACCCCUACAGCUUGACGACGACGACGACGACGUCUUCUACCAAUGAUAACAAUAGCACUUGCUCGUUCUCGUCUGGAUCCCCUCAACUUCUGGACCUCCUCUUACCGGGAACUGAUCUGAACCAGCCGCCAGAUCCCUCCGAGAUCCGACCGGCAAUGUCCCCUCACCCGUAUCAGCCUGGAACCUUCGAUGCCAACAUGAAUAUGGAUGAAGACUUUGAUGAAGAAAUUAUCCGAUCGGACGCUAUUGCUACCUCGACUACGAUGCCCACACUUCCUCUCCCCACCCCCGCCUCUCUCCUCGACCGGAACUCUACCCCUCCGACCUGGCAUGCUUUCCGCACGUCGUCUCCCACCCCCAGCGAAACAUCCACGUCGUCUUCCAAAUCGAGCGACAUGACUAUUCUGGCCCAACCUGCCCUCGACGCCUCCUCACCUGAAAUGCUUAUGCUUCGGUUCGACAAGCAAACCUGUGGCAUUCUGUCUGUCAAGGAUGGUCCGACCGAAAACCCCUGGCGUACCUUGAUUUGGCCAUUGGCGCGGGAAUCGCCAGCCUUGUACCACGCGAUCUCCUCAAUGACAGCCUUUCAUGGUGCGCACGAAAUUCCCAAUCUGCACAUGCCAGGCAUGGCGCAUAUGACCAAAUCUAUCAAACGCCUUGCCUUUGAGAUCGAGAAUAUGCGGCUUGACUCGGCGCUCGCCACGUCACUGGCUCUGGCCUUUAGUGAAGGCUGGGACAGCCAUGUGAGUACCGGCGUGCAGCAUUUGCGCGGCGCAAAGGUCAUGGUCAAUAAUGCGGUUGUCAAACAUCGACGAGACAUGCAAAUGGGCCGAAUGACCACCCAGGAUGCCAACAGACUGAAAUUUCUCUGUAACACCUUUGUUUACAUGGAUGUCAUCGCCCGAUUGACGUCUCUCGAAGAGGCCUUUGACCUGAACUUUGAGGAAAUUCUGAGCACCGUGAAUGCUCCAUUCGGGGAUCUGGUUGAAGUCGACCCUUUGAUGGGUUGUGCAACGACCUUGUUUCCUCUGAUGGGCCGUGUCGCAAAUCUCAUCCAGCGCGUGCGCAAGACCGAAUCAAAUUCUCUAACACUGGUGAGCACAGCGAUGGAGCUCAAGGAGCAACUAGCACAAUGGCAAGCGCCGAGUGCCAUGCUCUUUGAACGACCGGAGGACCCCAAUUCCGAAGUCCAACACUCGAUCCAAACCGCCGAGGCGUAUCGCUAUGCCACUCUCCUCUACCUACAUCAAGCUGUACCUGAAAUACCCAGUGAUUCGGCACUGACACUAGCGAAGAAAGUGCUCGUCACGCUAGCCUCAGUGCCCCUUUCGUCUCGAGCGACGAUUGUCCAAAUCUUUCCCCUUUUUGCGGCGAGUUGUGAAAUCACAGAACCCGACGAUAGGGACUGGGUCGUGCAGCGCUGGGCGGCGAUGAUCACGAGACUCAAGAUUGGAAAUGUAAAUUCCUGCUGGAAUGUUGUGCAAGAGGUGUGGAAUCGGCGUGAUGCCUACGAGGCCGAGAAAGCCAACAGAUUACUGAGACGGUACACGUCACGUGGUGUCCCCGGUGGUAAUUUUGUCCCUCCGGUGAUUAAUAUGCCGCCUGGCUUGAAGAGGAAAGCCCACACAGCUGAUAACAUAACUGAGGAAGAGGUGCUUCUCAAUCAGAACCAGGACCCGGGUCAGGGUCAGAAUCUGCAAGCGGGGAAUUCUAUGAAUGGUGUUUUAUUGGGAGAUGAACUUGAUGCAGCCGGUCGAGUUCUCAAACGACGGGUCACUGUUGACUCGACGAGUCACGGGAUGGCCAUGUCUAAUAUGGGCUCGAGUGCAAGCGGAAGCUAUCUAACUUCAAUGGCCACGGUCCCUCAACGACGUCUUGGUGGCGACGUCAUGUCUCCAGACCAACUUGAACCCGAGUACACGGUGCGAGGAAAAUUGCAUUGGUUGGGGGUUAUGACUGACUGGCACUGGGAAGCUCUUUGCUCUGAGAAUUUUUACAAUGAUCUGAUGUGUUUGCCUCUACUCGCCUUGCCCACUCCCAUCUGA